CCGGCCGAAAAGCAGGUUGUACUGGGUUGCUGGGAGAUGGUGACGGUGCCGGUAUUGCUUCCUCUCCCUUCCUCUGUCUGUGGCCGGCCAUGGGCCCCUCUGGUAUUAUCUGUCAUAUCUUCGCUGUCGUAUGCCUUCUCCGCUGGCGUUCUGCUGUCUCCGCUCUGCAAGAUGUCACUGCCGAGCUGUUCGGGUCUGAAGCCUGGGGAACCGUGGCUGCAUUUGGAGACUUUAACGCAGACAAACAGACCGACAUUUUUCUCAUCAGAUCUAACAAUCAAUUGAUAAUCUUGUUGGCUGAUGUAAAAGCACCCUAUUAUAAGCCAAAACCCAAAGUGGUGCUGCAGCAGAGUGACCUGGUGAUUACUAGUGUGGUACCAGGAGACUAUGAUGGGGACUCUCAAAUGGAUGUCCUACUCGCCCUUCAUUCUAAGGAUCACAGUGACAACACCAGCAUUGUUAUCUUCUGGGGAAAUAAUCAAACAUUGGAUUCAAAACUCUUUACCAGUUUAAAGCACAGCUUUUUGGAUGAACCACUAGUACUGGACUUUAAUGGUGAUAUGAUACCUGAUAUAUUUGGAACUAUCAAAGGGAACCCAAAGCCACAGAUAUGCUCAUUGAUUGGAAGACUUGAGGUCACUCCCAGUCUUCCAACUUGCAACCUCUCUCUGCGCUGCUCCACUGCCCUAGGCCUUCAGUGGAAAGCCCCCAUCAGCAGCAGCACCUGGGUCCACAGUGCACCAGCCACAACUGAGCUUGGUGUACCCUUGCUCUCCUGUGCUUCACGGAGCACUGACUACAACUAA